UUGAUUUUUCGUUUGACAAUUCGCUGGACGGAAAACAUUCGUGAAUUUUGCUCGUAAAUGGAUUAAAUUAUUUUCUCGAAUAGCUGUUUUAUCUUGAAUUGCAUUUAUUGUAUCGUGGUGGGUGAUAUUGGGUUAGUGCGUUAAAUAUGAGUGAAUUAAGGCAACGCCGUGGUGAUGGUGACGGGAAUGAAAAAGUGGAAGCCGCUGGAGAGUCCGAUCAUGUGGAUUCUGAAGAGGAAAAGGUUUUAGAGGAGAAAUAUGUGGACGAAUUGGCGAAGAACUUGCCUCAAGGCACUGACAAGACACCCGAAAUUCUUGACUCCGCUCUUUCUGGAUUGUCUUCAAGAUGGCGAAACUGGGUUAUCCGAGGCAUUUUUACCUGGCUGAUGAUUGCUGCAUUCUGUCUUCUUAUCUAUGGUGGACCCUUGGCUUUGAUGAUCACAGUUCUGUGCGUCCAAGUGAAAUGCUUUGAGGAAAUCAUCAACAUAGGCUAUGCAGUGUACCGGGUGCACGGCCUGCCGUGGUUCCGUUCCCUGUCCUGGUACUUCCUGCUGACUUCCAACUAUUUCUUCUAUGGAGAGAACCUGAUCGACUACUUUGGGGUUGUGAUCAAUAGAACUGACUACCUACGCUUCUUGGUGACGUACCACCGAUUCAUAUCCUUCAGCCUUUACUGCGUGGGCUUCGUGUGGUUUGUCCUGUCCCUGGUGAAGAGAUACUACAUGCGCCAGUUCAGCCUGUUCGCGUGGACCCACGUCGCCUUGCUCAUCGUCGUCACGCAGAGCUACCUCAUCAUCCAGAACAUUUUCGAAGGACUCAUCUGGUUCAUCGUGCCAGUCUCCAUGAUAAUCUGCAACGAUGUAAUGGCCUAUGUCUUCGGCUUCUUCUUCGGCAAGACUCCGCUGAUCAAGCUCAGCCCCAAGAAGACAUGGGAGGGCUUCAUCGGAGGUGGAAUCUCCACUGUUAUCCUCGGAUUGAUUAUGUCCUAUAUGAUGUCCCAAUACCCAUACUUGGUGUGCCCCAUCGAAUACUCUGAAUCCCUUGGGAAGAUGACCAUGGAUUGUGAGCCUUCACUGCUGUUCCGUCUCCAAGAAUAUACACCUCCGCAGUUCACGCAGCCUCUGAUGAAAGUGAUCGGUAUGGAGAAGUUUAACAUGUAUCCGUUCAUGAUCCACUCGCUAGCUCUGAGCACGUUCAGCUCUGUCAUCGGACCUUUCGGUGGAUUCUUCGCUUCAGGCUUCAAGCGGGCUUUCAAGAUCAAGGAUUUCGGCGACGUGAUCCCCGGGCACGGCGGCAUCAUGGACCGAUUCGACUGCCAGUUCCUGAUGGCCACCUUCGUCAACGUCUACAUCACCAGCUUCAUCCGCACCGCCACACCGCAGAAACUACUGCAACAGGUGUAUGGCUUGAAACCUGAACAACAACUGCAGCUCUUCUACGCUCUGAAGGAGUCCUUGGAGAACAGGAAUAUACUGAACAUGAUCCCCUAAGCGUUCCUUGCUAAUACAAGGUAUAUAUCUCAUUUAUUUAUUGAAAAAAAAAAAUAUUUUUUUUAAAUUGUAAGUGUGACCGCACGCUUGACUGAUGAACGCAGAACGGAGAAAUCGUAGUUGCCACCUUCUGCGGCCGGUGCCAAGUUUUGACAUUAUUGCCUUUUUUAAGCAAUGUUUUUCAGAUUAGUGUUAGGCGAUGACGACAGUUAAGAUACACACGUAUACAUAUAGAGCGACGAUUAAUUUCUUUCAUAUUUGUAACGCCCACGGGUAAUAGAUAUAGAUAGAUUUCUGUAUGUAUUUUUAAUUUUGAUCUGAAUAUCUAUUGUCUAUUACAUUACAGGAAUAUGUGUGACUAAAAAUCUACCUAUGUAGUACCUUUUACCCGUGGUAUGUCACAUUUAUGAGACAAGUGAUAACUUGAAUGACAAUACGUGAAAAUACGUAUAUGAUUUCGUCGAAAAUUUUUUUUAUUUUUGUAGUUUAUUGAUCGAGUGUCAAUAUGUUUUCGAUUUCAUAUCAAAUGUGCAAUUAUAAUGUGACGUUUUAACGCGUCAACUGUCAAGAUUAUUGGACAACUUUAUCUUCAAACGUCAUUUGCAAAAACGAAGCAUUAUCGUCAUAAUAUUAUUUGACAUUGACUUUUUACAUUUUCAUGAUAACUGACAAAUGAAUUGAAGGAAUGACAGUUGCAUGAAAAAUCCAAAUCCUUUUUCUUAGGGUGUUGGUAUAGACGGUUAGAAAAGUAGGUUGUAGCGAUUUAUCCGUCAAGUGUGUCUAUGGUUUAACAUAUCUCGUGUACCUUGAUGGAAAUAAUACAUUGAUCUAGUCUUAUUUUUAGGAUCAUUUGCCUCGAUAUGAAGAUAAUAUAUCUUUAAAAUAUUGAGUUUUUUUUUUCAACUAAACAGUUAAACAUAUUUCAUUAAUAUAAUUCCUCUUAAGUUUGUUUUCAAAAUAAUAAUUUGUUACCCGGAAAUUAAUUCAUUUUGAUGCAUAAUAAUUAUUAACUCUGGCCUUAUAAUCGUGGCAAAUGAUUCACACUCAUCGUUACGGUGUAUAGUUAAAAUUUAUUAAAUAUAUGAAGGUAUUAAGUGUUAAUAUAGAUUGUAAUAGCGAAUUGACUGUUAAAGUGUUUACAUUAGGUCUAUAUUGGCGUUUCUCAAAAUUAUAGAUUUGUUAAUAUAAUUUAUUGGGCGUGCGUGUAAUGAUAGGAACUAUUCUCAAAUAUCAAGCUGAAUAUGUUCUCGCAAAUUACAUGAAUGUUUGUCUUGAGUUAAUAUUUACAUAACUUUUCAAAUAGCUUUCAGAUGCCUCUUAGUGCUAGUUUAGUACUAAAGAGAUUUAGUUUCAUUCAAUCCCACCUAUAUUGUAAUUUGCAGCUGUUGUUGGCUUGAUUUUGAAAAUAUGAACUUUAAAACUUUGAUUUGUGGUAUGAAAAGCGGUGUAACAUGAAAGAAUUGAUGUGGAUUUUUGUAAUAAAAGUUUGAAUACAUUUGGUUACUCACAACAUGCGUCGCCGAAAUAAUAGGUUUGGAUGAAUGGUUUUGGUAUUUUUUAACCAUGAGUAAACACUUUAACAUGACAUUUUAUUAUUACUAAAUAUGUUUUCUGAAUAUGAUAAUUUAUUUGCUGUUAAAUAUCAAUAAAUUGACCUGGAUAUACACAUAAUAUAAUAACAUCUCGAAUUUAAGGUAUACUUCGAAUUAUAUUUAAUUUUCCGAUAAGGUUGCGGUAAUUUUCAUUGUGUUUAGUUGUUUAAAUUAUAUUUUUUUGGAUUUACGUGAUUUAUAAACUUAUAGAUCAUUUUGAGAAUGCAAGAAAAUUAAAUUACGGAAUUGAAUUUUAUAAUAACGUUUUUAUUUGACGUUAUUGAUACAUUGGAUAUUGAAUAAAGAAUUUUCGUUCAAAUCUAUAAUUUAUAACGGAAUCGUACUCUAUUAGACGAUAAACAAGAUAAUAGUGAAACUGUACCCGCGAAUUUCUAAACUGAUUUUCUGCAAAACUCUAAAACUCAAUCGAUAUAUACAAACAUAUUGCCUUCUCAUUUUUAUCCGUUCGUGCGGGACUGAUAUCACACUAUGGGCAUUGUCCAUUCUUUCCACAUGGCUCACAGAACUUUAUAUAAAUAGUAUACCGGCGUUUGCAGAGUGGCCUUACAUAAUGUGCAUACAUUUCUCAUUUAGAUGUAUCUUAAUUCCAAUAAUAUUUUAAUUAUUUAAUAAUGUUACUCUUCCUGCGUGGAAAACGCUUGUUUAUUACGCAUUCUUUGGCAUAGUGUAUAAAAAGUAUAUACAAUUUGCUAUAUUUUGUCAAUUGUUCUAUUUUUCUUGUUUAACAUUUAUUAUAUUAUAUGAGUGUGUUUUCGCUCACUGAGUCCUACUCAUUCUUGUAAAAACUUUAGUGUUCGCUGUUUAGCUCUGUAAAUUUUAAGGUGAAUGGUGUCAUUUGGGGUGAAUGGAAACCAAUGUAAGUUUAAAUAUAUGAUCUCAACUAUAAAAAGCAUUUAACGCGUGUCUUCAGUAGAACAUAAUAAAUUUGAGUCACAGUUACCUGAAAACGUAGUACCUACUUUUAUGAGAAAAAUUCACCUAGACUGUUAAUGUUAGGAUAAACAUAUAUUUUCGUAUACCUAAAUUUUCCGUUUCAAACGUGCAGUUUCACUUAAAUUUAAUGUAAAAAUGCAUCGUUAAUCGUUAUAUAACGACUUUUCUUCACCCUAAAUGACUUUAUCAGUAUAUGUCGAAGACGACUGAUGCAUUAGAAGGUGCCUAUAACAAUUGCUUGAUUUGCUUUGAGAUGAUAAUAAAAUUGAUUUUAAAAAUCGAUUACAAUUUACAAAUCGAUAAGUCAAAUUUUUCGAUAGGAUCAAGACGAUUGUGAACUCUAUUGAACGGUAAUAUAGACGAAAAUGCUACAAUCGAGCAACUGUUCAGGCGCGUAUUUUGACCCAAUCGUAGUUUCUAGCAUUUGUUAAGUUUGGUGAUGAUUAUGUGAUUUUAAUUUACGUUAAGUUUUUCCCUUUUUUCAAUAUUUCGUGCUUGUUCGCUAGCUCUUUUAUUUAAAUGAAUAUUUAAUUAUAAUUUCCCUUAGGAUAUAAUAAUAUGCGUCAUGUCUUAUUUUUAUCCAUUUGGAAUGUACAGAACGUGUGCAUAUAAAUGGUUUAUUUUGUCAAACUGAGUAUUUUAAUUUAUUUUUUUACCAUACAUGGUUAUUUGUAUAAUUCCAGCGACCUCGCAGCGCUUGAAAGCCGACAUUAUAAACAUAGUUUUUUUUUUGACAAUUUUCACACAACUCAAUAAAUUAUACACUUAAAAACUUAUUUUUAAAGUUUUUAAUGUCCUGAUAUUCUUGUGACACAUUUUGCGCUUAAGGUGUUAGAUUUUAUUUGGUAUACAACACACGGACAUACACACACAGUCGUAUUACAGUAAUCACAAGACAAAAAAGGCACAUAUACGUAUUACGUAACAUAGACAUACAAAAUGCAUUACUAUAAUACUAUAGUGGCAUAUGUGUUUCGGUAACACAAAUAAAUUAGCUAUUUUGUGCCUUGCAAGUUUGGUGAUGUUUUACAAAUAACCUUGUAUAUCUGCAUUGUAUGAGAAGAGAACUGUAUUGUAUAAUAACAAAACGGGUUAUAAUUAUAUUAUAUUAUGUCAAAAUAAUUACUAUAGACAACUUCAUUUUAUUAUACCAUUUCGCAGUCCAGAACAAAAUACAUCAUAAAUAUCGAUUUAGUAUUUUUACUUAGAUUUUUCCUUUAAAAUAUAAUAGUUUAUAAGUUAUGAAGAAUGGUUGCAAGGAUGUACAAGAACAUGUCUCAGUGGAGGCAGAGGAAUAUUGGAUUUAUAUGUGUAGAGAAAUUGAAGAAUCUGAAUUUAGUAGGUUAGCCAUCUGUGUCGUGUUGUGUAGCCCGGAAUUCAAUUGUUUUGCAUUCUCCGUUUUCUUCAUGCACGCAGAAAAUUUAAAACUCAUGAUAUGAUUCAUUAUUGAGAAAAUAUUUUGAAAUGAAAUGAGCUGGUAUAGCCAAAUGAGAUAAAACAUUUCCAUAUAAUUUUCUAUCUCAUAGGAAGCGUCAAGAUUAGCGUUGCCGAACUAUCGAUAGUUUUAAUCGGAAAAGGCGAUAUGUCUAUCGAUAGUAUCAAUUCCGAUUAUUCCGAGAAUUCAGGCUACAAGGAUGUAACGUGUAGUUUUGUAAUGACAAAUUUUUGUCAAGGUCAUGUGGUGAAAAUCGCCUCGCUACAUUUUUUUCUCAUAUUUGUUACAACUUGUAUAAAAGAAUGUUUGGUGUGUUAAAAUAUCGUAUGUCGUGUUAAAAUAUCAUAUUAAUAUAUAUAUAUAUAUAUAUAUAUAUAUAUAUAUAUAUAUAUAUAUGUAUAAAUUAAUAUAUACAUUGUAUAUGUUUUUCCAUAUUCAAUAUGAAGGAAAAUAAUAAACAGGUGCAAUCAAUUUAUCUAUAUUUAAAUUUUAUGGACCAAAACAACUUGUUGUUUUAUCCUUCUAUUAAUUAUAUACAUGAUACGUUUUUUGCCAAAGGACAAAGCGUGUUUGUCUGUAUGUUUGUUUUAAAAUAAUUGUGUUAAUGCUACCGUUGUGUGGAAUUACUUGCGUUUCAAUAAACGUCGUAUUAUUGUAGUAUUGAUGUCUUAAAUUUAAAAUAGAUACACAAUAGCUGUAAAAGGAGAUACUUUAAAGACUUAAAUAUAUGAAAUUUAUUUUUCAUUUUUACCUGAAAACUGCAGAGUUAGUGCGGGUUUGCAUUUCACUUUUCACCAUCGAAUCGAUUCGAAGUGAGACGCAGCUAACCAACAUUGCAGUGUGGUUAUUGUUGCGUCACAAUGGCGCAAUGUGAUUGGUUCGCUGCGUCUCACUUCGACUCGGAUUCGAUGGUGAGAAAUGAAUUGUGAACCCGCACUUCGCCCACAGCUACUGUCUCGAGGGCGGUAGAUGAUUUGACUUCGAGCAUAUUGGCGUAAAAGAAAAGAACCAUAAACAAUCUACCAUAUCGGUGCGAUGUUUUUUGGGGUCGAGUUAAUAGGCGGGUCAGGAAUGUCACUUAGUUGACAGUAGAUUAAAAAACAAAAUAAUUCACUUUCAAACCAUGAUUUUUAUACGGUGAAUUCUAGAAUAUUAAUCAAAUAGGUCAUACAAAGAAAGGGAUCGAAUAUUGCCAUAUUGUCUCUUGACAACACAUUUUAAUGUCUGAGACAUAGUUCCUAACACAAAUGAAGCCGAAACGACAUUUUUUUUUUUCAAAUUCUUAUAUAAAUGUCCAACGUAUACAAAUAUUGGUGAAUAAAUUUCGGAUAUUCUUAAUUAAAAUAUCUGCCCGAGUUUGAACUUGCUACAGUUGUUAUUAAUAAGAAUAAAUUAACGGGUGACUCCAUUUCUAGAAUGUAACUUAAUUAGUCUUCACUAGAUUUUAUUGCAAUGAACCUCUAUGCCUCAAACCGGUUAUAAUAAUAAAAUAUUAAUAAUAUUAUUUAAUUGGGUCACAAAAAAACAUAAUAUUAAUGUGAAAGAUCUAAUAGAUAUUGUAUUAAAAUGUAAUAUGAAAUAUCGCGACACAUUUCUUAAUUUCUAAUAAUACACACAGUUAAAAUACUAAGUAUUUAAUGUAUAUGAGAUAUAUAUAACAUAAGAUAUAUUGCGAUGAUACAUGUGUUGCGAUAUGUCAUAUAAUAUUAUAUGUCCUACCUGUAUGUGUAUGUAGUAUAGUAAAUGUUUUUCAUUAUUUAUUGGUUACGUGUUUUAUUGUAAUGAGGUAAAUAAAUAAAUUGAAUUCUA